AUGCUACCCCUCCCGCUGAAGAGCGAGUACCUUGAGUACAAGAAGGACACCGACGCAGUGGCAGCAUGGCUUGCCUCGACAGCAAAGAAAUGCGGCUUCCCUGCCGACCAACUCAAGUCGGGUUCCUGGGACACCUCGGACGCUUCGUCACUCUCCGCAAAGUCCUCCAGUAGCGGCCGGAAGAAGGGCAAGGCGCGCAAAGCUGCUAGCGCAGCCAUCCAAGCCACGAAGAAGGCCAUUCACGGUGUCUCCAAGUACAUUGUUGCCAUAUCGGAUUAUCCCAAGUUGGCAAAGCACAUUGCCGACACCGCGGACCCGACCAUUACCGUUCCCGAUAACUUUGUGGCCACCAUCAAUCGUGUCAUCUCCAAUCGCUCCGGCUUCGGUGAGCGUUUGGCUGAGCAUGGUGUUGGACCGGACUCCAAAGGCGAUUUGAAGCAUCGCCACUUUGUUGAGGUCCUGAAGAAGGUCCGAGAAGCCCUCCUCCCUCGCAUGUCUAGCAAAGCCUCCACUUCGGCGAAGGUGAAGGCUGCCAAGUCGGAUGAAAUCAGCAACAGAUUUGCUGGCCUGGCCGUCGAAGAGCCCUCGCAGGCCUUCCUGGAUGCUCCUGAUGUUGAGAGACCCACCCAGCCGACAGAAGACAAGACCAUCUACGAAGCUGAGACACUCGCUGAGCUUGAAGAUGUUUUGUUCACUUAUACCAUCAUGAUGAACGACCUUGCCCGCAUCCAGGCUACCAUCCGCUGGAUAUGGGAGAACUACCAGAAGGGCCUCUUCGAUAUUGCAGCGGCAGCUGUUGCUACCGACACCGCUCUCGCUUUGGCCCGCGGCAUCAUUGACGAGGCCGAGCCUAGCUUCAAGAACUUUGAGGGGGCUACCUGGGGUGUGCAACACAAGUUCUUCCUCGCUUGCUGUCUUCGCAAGGGCUACAACAUCAACAGCGUCUUCUCUGACGAUGCGUCGGAUAACUUCAACUACAACAUGUAUGAUCUUGCUGAUGAGUGCUUCAUCAACGCUCAUCGCUGUCUGCUUUCUUUCCUCGACGUUCUCUCGCCAGACCAUUUGCCCAUUAUCAGGGAAGGCGUCAUGGGCCACUAUGAUCCCACCAAAAACCGGGAUAACCUGCCUGGACACGCAAAGUUCAAGGAAGAUCAGAUCCUUCUCAUGGAGUUUCUGAGUGAGCUAACGGUUGUUACCCGCAUGAUUCCCAGCUAUCCCGUUGAGGACGAAUUCAUGCGUGGAGUUCGACAGAUGGACAAGACAGGCAAAAUUCCAUUCUCACUCGUCUUUGCCGCCCAGACCUUCCUUGACAUCCAUCACCUGCUAAGAGCCGAUGUUUCGCAAGGAUCCAAGUUCAUGCAAAACGAGAUAAAGCACCUCAGUCAAACCCUCAAGGAUCACCUCGACUACCACAAGAAGAGCAAGUUGCGGAUCAAGAACUGGCCCGAACGCAUGGAUGACAUGCUGCGGUUGGUGAUCAAGCAAGGGCAGGAGAUUGUGGCGGACCCCGUCUACCAGUGCAAGGUUAGCUACUAUCGCCGAAACAAGAUACCGAUUGCGUCGUCUAUGAGGCCGAACCGAAUCCUGGACUACUCCCCAGUCCUUGCCGGUCUUAACCUGCUCAGUUACCGAGGGGAUAUGUACUCCAUCGGCUUCGACGCUGCAACCGCUUGGGGAUCCAUCCAGUAUACAACCCAUCUCUACUCUGCGCUCCAGAAUGAGAAGCUGGUUGAUCCUCAUUUCUGGCCAGACUUGGAAAUGGCCCAGGCUCUUCUCCCUGAUUCCAACUUCUUUCCUGGAGGAAUCGCCCCGAAGACUCGCAAGAAGUACCUUGAGACCUUCGUACUCCAGAUGGGGGCCGCUGGGGUCCCGCGUGGUCUCAAGAAAGGCCUACCAGUUUCAUCCAUCUUUGUGGAGAAGUAUCUGAAGCGCACCGAGGUCCCCUGGACGCCCGAGAAUAUCCACGACAUUGUUUCCCGUAGCGGGUUCGAGGCUAAGGGCGAACUGGGCAAAGGAAACUUGCUCAUGUGGCAGAUCGACGAAAAAGACCAGAAGGAUAUUGAGAAGAAGCGUACGUUGGAGGCCAAAGGCAAGAAGCGCGAGGAGUACCUGCGACCGGAUGAACUCAUUCAGGCGGCAGUCAUGGCUCUCCACGCGGAAGUUACGGAGAUGUCGUUCCCUUGGUUGACACUCCACAAGUCAUGCUGGGAGAUGAUGAAGCUGGUCAAGGAGAAGAAUCAUCAACGUCUAUCACAGAUCUUUGGCAGCGGCUACCUCAAUGACAAGAGUCAAAUGCCGUUGGUGAUUGGGUACAUCUUCAUGACCACGUGCGGCGAGUGUCCCGGCCAUCUGAGGACUAUGGACCUCAUGAAGCAGGCCGCGGAGGCCGUCAAGGACUCACAGUGGUCAUUUCCUUCGUCUUUGGUUUCAGCUCUCAUGUCCCUUAUCAAGUUUGAAGCUGAGGGUAAAACGGAAAAGGGAAUUUUGAUGCUCAAGAACAUUGACGUGCAAGAUCAAAAAGCGCAUCGUGAAGCACGAUUUGUCGUGGGCCACAGGCGAUACAAACUACGACCAUUAUCUGACAGCUUCGGCUCCAUCGAGAACCCUGAGGCAGGCACCCUACAUCGAUGGCUACGUCUUUAUGACGUGGGCCGUCUCGAAAAUUCUCAGGACUGCGAAUACCCUGUCGAGUGUCUCUCCAAGGAUGAAUUGGACACCGAGGAGGUCCAAGCCCAAAUCAACAAAGCCUGA